AUGACGCACCCUACUAGAGUUCUGAAUCAUGUCGGGAACGACCAUCCUUUCGAUGCCCUCGAGAAGGAUGAAGUGGAACUGAGGCUGGAAAAGGCAGUCUUUGGGGACGACGCUGGCUUUCUAGAGUCUUUGCACAGGCAUGAGCAGGAAGACACGGCGUUGAUUCGACGCGACGAGUAUAACUUCAAGGACCAGAGCGCCAGCGAUGCUGAGAACGACGAUGAAGGGCUGUCUGAUGUCGCUGACGAAGAUUUAUUCUUCCUCGACGCGGGAACCGGGCAGCUUCCUUCUACGGUCUCAAGGGAACUCGAACGAAACCAAUUGCCACAGAGCGUAACCGAACAAGAGCCUGCGUGGAUAGACAGUGAUGACGACCGAAUGACAGUCUCACUAGCGUCGAAUUCGCGGUUGAGGAAGCUGCGAGAUACUCUAGAGGACGACAUCGUCAGUGGGAGGGAGUAUAUUCAAAGACUACGUCGACAAUAUGAGAGGCUCCAUGCCACCCCGGAAUGGGUGACAUACGCCCGGAAAAGGAGGAGGCUGUCGUCACACGAGAAGACUUUGGAAGACUCUGAUACCGACAUGUCUAUGGAAGACGCUGAACCUCUCCCUUCAGCACAACCGCUGGCUGAACUUCUCCGGAGCGCAGGCUCUUUGACUCGGUCCGAGUCAAAACCCGCCUCCAAAGGGCUCCGAAAGCUCCGACCGGAAGUGAUCGAUAUCGAGCGAUGCAAAGAUGUCGCUGGCUCUGGACCGUCUUCUGUCGAUACUUUACAAUUUCACCCUUACUAUCCUCUCCUGCUCUCUGCUGGACCAAGCUCAACGGUCAUCUUGUAUCAUAUCUCACCCCAACCACCAAAUCCGAACCCUGUCUUGACGUCAAUGCACCUCAAGGGGACCCCCAUUCACACCGCCGCGUUUUGCAGACCCCACGGUACGAAUACUUCAUCAGCUGAAAGCGAAGUCCGCGAUCAGACGCGAGUGUUUCUCUCCUCCCGGCGCCGUUAUUUCUACACGUGGUCGCUUGCUACAGGGGUGGUGGCGAAGGUUACCCGCGCACUGUAUGGAGAGGCACGGCAGGAACAGCGAACCAUGGAGUCUUUUAAGCUCUCGCCCUGCGGACGUUACAUGGGACUGAUCGGCUCCUCAAAAAAAGGAGGCGGAAGCAUCAAUGUACUGUCGACGGAAAGUCUGCAGUGGAUCUGCAGCUGUCGGAUCGACUCCAGGGGAGGGGUUGCGGACUUUGCCUGGUGGCGCGACGGGAACGGGUUUGCCGUGACGGGAAAGAAUGGUGAAGUCAGUGAGUACGACAUGGAGACGAGAAGAGUCGUUCACCGUUGGACGGAUGAGGGUGCUGUUGGUACAACAGUGAUUGCCCUAGGUGGACAGACCGGACGACCCGGGAGAGACGGAUCGCGCUGGGUGGCGAUCGGGUCCUCGAGCGGCAUCGUGAAUGUGUACGAUCGCAGUGGAUGGAUUGUUGGGGAUGGGGAAAAGACGACCAAGGACGAAAGACCCAGCCCGACCAAAGUUUUGGACCAACUGACGACGCCAAUCUCCCACCUUGAGUUUUCUGAAGAUGGCCAGAUGCUUAUCAUGUCUUCGAGGUGGAAAAAGAACGCCCUGAGACUGGUUCACCUUCCAAGCUGUACCGUUUAUAGAAACUGGCCGACUGACAAGACGCCGCUGGGGAGGGUCAGCGCAGUUGCUCUCUCGCCUGAAGGAAGUUACCUUGCUGUUGGAAACGAGCAAGGAAAGAUCAGGCUGUGGGAAAUACGCGAGUAG